AUGGAUAGCAAGAAUAAACAAUUGGAACAGCAGAAUGAGAGGAUAUUGGAGCGAGAUAUUAAUGGAACGAAGGCUGAUGUAUCGGAUAAGACUGAACUUAUAAGGCAGACGGAAUUGAAGACGACUCAAUUAAUUGGGAGAAUUGAUGGAUUGGAGACGAGUUUGAGGGAAAAAGAUCAGGAAUUGGAUCGGGCUAAGGUUGGUUAUUGUUCUGGACAAAUUUGGAAAUCUCGUAAAAUCAAUUUGGGAAGAAAUUUCAAAUUUUGCGAGUAA